GCCUCAAGCCACGUGAAGCCAUCCUGGCAGCUGCCUCUUGACGACAGUCUGCCCCUGGGCGUCAGGAGCCGUGACGCCCCUUCCCAGUAUUGUCCCGCCGUGUGCUCCUAGCUUGGGCAGUGCAGGGUGCGAACAGGCUGGGACGCGGCGCGCUGUGGGCCUAAGCAUAGAUUUUUUUCAGUGCAGUCAGUCCUGUCAGGGUUGCAGCACGGCCCUCGAAAGGCUGAGGCGGACCGAGAGCGGGCCGCGCUGCUGCUCUGGUCUUCCACAGCUGCAGGGGGCGCUGUGCGCCGCCGCCGCUUUUCUGGCUCGCGAUCUUCGCUCGUUGGUGCAUUCCCGGCAUCCCUCGCGGCGGUAGCGGAGGCCAUCCCCGUUCCGUGACCUUCGGUGGCAGCCGCGCUCUCUCGGCCUAAUGGUGGGUUGCGGAUCAGGCCUGGGCCGAUGGUGCAAAAUAUGAUUCCAAAGUCAUGGAGAGCCAUGAAAUUCUACUUCACUACUGUUUACCAAGAAAUAUGGGUUGGUCUAGCAUUAACAGCUUAUGCCUAUUACAGAAUUUCAUACGGUGGCAAAAAAGCAGUGGCGGAUAAGUCUUCUGGCCAUCAUUAAAGAUCUCUUCUCUUGGAGAAUGAAUGUGGUGUUUGCUCAUCUUUGCUGUAAAUGAAGCAAGAUACAACCAUAGGGAAGUUAAUUCUAAAACUGUACCUGAUCCCUCUGCUGUACUUAUAAAUAUGUUGAGUAAGAAGGAAUUAAACAUGUUGGAUAAAGUGUG